GACUUUGCACUUUCAUUCGCCACUUGCUUCCUUCUCCUUGCAAGACGUGCAUGCAGAACCCAAGAUGAAGGUUGAGUUUGCACCACGGUCUGUGCCACUGCAGAGAAGGCUUCAGACAGCAUCAGUGGCUCAAUGGGUCUUCAGCUUCCUGUGUCUAGCACAGUGCUGUACAGUUGCCUUCAUCGCCCUCCUCUUCACUCGUUUUUGGCUGGUCAGUGCCCUCUAUGCUGCAUGGUGGUUAAUAGACAGGGAGAAACCCAGGAAGGGUGGGCGGCGGAUCCACUUCUUCCGGAACAGCAUCGUCUGGAGGUACAUGAAGGACUAUUUCCCUGUCACGUUGGUGAAGACAGCAGAGCUGGACCCUCGGCAGAACUACCUGCUGGGAUUUCAUCCCCAUGGAGUCCUGGCAGUUGGAGCCUUUAUCAAUUUCUGCACAGAGGCAUCUGGCUUUUCCACACUCUUCCCAGGCAUCACCCCCCACCUGAUGAUGCUUUCCCUGUGGUUUCGCUUCCCGUUCUUCAGGGAUUAUUUGAUGAGUGGAGGCCUCAUCCCCUCUGACAAGGAGAGUGCAUCAUACGUGCUGCAGAAGCCAGAGGGUGGGAACUUGCUGGCCAUCAUUGUUGGUGGGGCACAGGAGGCACUGGAUGCCCAUCCAGGAUCCUUCACCUUGCUGCUGAAGAACAGGAAGGGAUUUGUGCGCCUGGCCAUCCAGCAUGGCACACCCCUGGUCCCUGCCUUUUCCUUUGGGGAGAACAACGUCUUUGAUCAGGUGAAGAAUCCUAAGGGCUCCUGGCUGAGGAGGAUUCAGUACUGUCUCCAGCAGAUCAUGGGCAUCUCCCUUCCCCUCUUCCAUGCACGAGGCAUCUUCCAGUACAGCUUUGGGCUGAUACCCUACCGACAGCCCAUCUGCACCGUGGUUGGGAAGCCAAUUCCAGUGCAGAAGAGGCACGAACCCUCGGAGGAAGAAGUUGAUCAAGUCCAUCAAAAAUAUCUAAAUGAAUUGUCCAACCUCUUUGAGAAGCACAAAGCUAAAUAUAAUAUCCCAGAAGAAAGCCACCUGGAAUUUAUAUAGAGUGCCUCAAGCAAGGUGAAACCAUGGAGAUCAAGCUCCAAGUUUCUCCCUUCUCUGGAACUACUUCACAACUUCAAUAUAGUCACAGUUAACAUGUAGUCUAUAUAGUGUAGGGAAAAGAGCUUGAUUUUCCCAGUAUUUGCAUGGGUGUAGAGCCAUGUUUUUAUUUUUUUCUCCAUGUAGAACACAUAAAAGAUAUAAAAGAGAAGCAAAAAAAAAAUCCCAUCUGUGGUCAGCACAACUGAAACUCCCCAGCACAAAACUAGCACUUCUAGUCUGGCAUGGAUGCCAGUUUAUACAGAUAUUUCCAGGCAGAUCUGAAUUACUGAAAUUAUUUCCUUUUCAUUAUUUUCAUUUUGAAAUGGGACAAUGAGCCAUAACUUGCAUUGAAGGCAUAUGUUUUUAAAAAUAUAAUUCAUCUAGAUCAACAAAUGAACAUUGUUUGUUUGGUGCACUUCAUGCUUUUAAUUACUCUAGGGUCUUUUCUCACCACCUCAAGUACAGUUUAUCAGAAAGGUCAUAUGCCUAGCACAACACCAAGCACCCUCAGCAGCACAAUGCCAUAACCCACGGGUGCAAAAGAAAUUAAAAUCUUUCUAAUUAUUAUAAAGAAAUCAGGAGCCACUCUGGCAGCCAGACUCACACCACCUGAGCUGGAACUGAGGCCCCUUAGCAGCUCCACACUCCACACUCACUCAGACUGGCUCAGUUCCUUACUGGCUCAACCCCUGGUUUCCCAUAGCACAGUCUCAGACAUCUGGAUACUUCAAAUAAUUUAAUCAUGCAAGAACAAAAUAACAGCUUGGGGUGGGAGCCUCCAGAAGUGAUAAGGAAUCUCCAAAAAUAAAAGAAACCCUCGGCUUAUGUGCCCUUAUUAUCUGAGUGUGGGGGAAAGUCUGGGCUCUUCUCGCUGAGUCCUCGGCUCCUGCUGUGUUGGUACAUCCAUGUCCCUGGCUGUGCCAAAGGUCCCUGGGCCCUUUUGUUUUGCAAAGGCUUGGCAGCUGCCUCUUGCCUCCAGCUCUUGCCACCACAGCCCCAUCUACACCUGGCACUGCAGCUAUCCCUCAGCUGCCUGCUCUGAAUACAUUGUUUCAUAAUUAAUUUAGAAAUACAAAUCAGAAAUAAAUUUAUAAUGUCCAGGGACUUAUCCAAAGGGUUCACUGUACUGGGGCUCUGGGAGUCCUGCUUCCAGUUUGAUUGGUUUAUCCCAGACACCCCUGCAUAGGAACAUGCCCAAUUAUCAGCUAUGGUAGCAGCUCACUGUGCAUUUUGUUUUAGAAAUGAGACCAUUUCCUUAGGAAAGAGGAGCAUGACCAGGAUAUGGGGGAAGGGAAAAGUGAUUUGGGCCCAAUAGAAAUAUCUAUUGGGGUUUGGGGGAGCCACAUUUGGCAGGUGAUCGAGGCUUUAAAUAGCUGUUUCUUUUUGAUAUCCAGCACUUCAUUAAACUUUGCAUUUAAUGGGAUUUUGCAGUGUGGAAGUUUCAGGUGGCAGGAAGUUAGCUGGGAAGUUCAGUCUUACAGAGCCCUGAUACUUUUAUCUUUUUCUUCUUUCUCCCUCCCUUCAUUUCUUUCUCUUCCUCACAUCAUACUCCCCACUUGCAAGGAGCUGCUAAAAAUCCUGCAGAUCACAGGCACUUAAUUUUUGUUCCUGAAACUGCAAGAAGUGCAUUUAAGGAGAAAAAUUUGUUAAAAAAUCCAAAACUGUCUCGGCUGACAAUACCAGGCCAUCACUGAGGGUUGUUUCCUUUUCCUGCCUCCUGUCCUGACCAAGGCUGUAAAGAUUUCACCACAUUCUUAAUCUGAAAAUUAACCCCUGCAAAUGCCUCCCAUUCCCAGUAAAAAAGCAGCAGCAAGGAAGAAUUUAAUGGAGCCCUGCUCAAUAUUCUAAACACUCCUAUAAUCCCACACUUAAUCCAAUCCAAUAAAACA